CCGCCGGCGAAAUAGAUUCUACAGUCUGGUAUUUGCUCUUCUUGCGUGAAUUAUACCUGGAAUUAUUUACCAGAACGCAUAUAAUUUGGAUCUAUUUGGAUUAUUAAGAAUUACAAGGAAACAUUUGGAAUUUUAAUCGUUUAUCAUACUAGACUUCCUUGGAGGAAGAAGUUGGAACUACGUAUCAUUAAUUUUGAACUGAAUUUUGGAUUUACUCUAUUUUGUAUUCGUUACCGUCUUUAUUGAACUUUAUUUAUGAUGUCAAACCGAAAAAAAUCACCCAUGAGGAGGGUGGAAGAGCUCGACGGAUCACAGGGCUCUAGGCAAGUCGUUGAUGAUAACCUUUUUAUGGGUAACCCACAUGUUAUGUCUGAUAUUUAUUAUUGUAAGUCAUCGAUAGAGGGUUUAGAAUUACCUAAGGUUGAGCUUUCAUAUUUUGAUGGAAGGUCUCGCGACUAUUUUAAGUUCAUACGACAGAUAGAGACGUUUAUAGAACCUCGAAUAAAGGAUGAUCAAGUGCGUUUAUUGUAUUUAAUUCAUUAUUGUAAGGGAAAAGCAAAAAAUGCGAUUGAAGGCUGUAUUAUUAUGGAUCCACAAUCAGGAUAUAAGAGAGCUAAGGCCAUUCUAAAACAGCUCUUUGGACAGACGCAUGUAAUAGCGCGAGAAACCUUAGAGGACUUAUUUAGAACUGGGAAUGUAGAAUUUAAUGAUCCUGAAUCAUUGACGAACUUGGCCAUUAAAAUGCAGAAUGCUUCUUUAACUUUAGAACAGUUAAAUUGUACAGCUGAACUUAACUCUAUGGCUACUUUAGAACGAAUAGUAAGGCUCUUACCUCGUCGAAUGCAAGCCCAGUGGGCAGAGCUAGUAUUCAAGUGGGACGAAGAGGAGAGAGAGCCCAAUUUUAACGAAUUGACGGAAUUUAUUAUGUCUCGUGCUAAGAUAGCUAGUAGUAGGUUUGGAAGAUUAGCUUAUCAGGCUAAAACAGGAAAUAAUACGGAAGCUACUAGUGGUCUGCGUGCGAGACAUUCGGAUUUUUCGUUUCUACCUAAAGCACGCUCGGAAGAUAAGAGAUUUGUCAAUUAUAUCACGAAAGCAUACGCUGAUGAAGGACGAGUAUGUGACCGUAACGAUGUAAAGCCUCUUGAUGCGUGUCCUAGCAAGAAGCCGGUUGAUGUAACAGAUAAGAUGGCUUUUCUAAGUGUAGAAAAGAAAGAAAAAGGCGAAAAGUGUAGGCAUCAAGAUGGAUCCGAAGUGUGUGAUGAUAAAAGCCUCUUAGCUGCUCGAAAAGCCUGGAACGGUAAUUUGGAUUCGAGUAAUCAGAGGUUAGUGAGUUCAGCAAAUAUGAAUAAAGCCCAGGCAGGAUUGACUGAACGGAAUAAAGCUUAUUUUCGGAACCCUUCAGUUAGGGUAAAUUAUAUAACUGGACCUAGAGUAGAUUCUAGGAUAAGUGAUGGUGGUACAGUAACGGCUAAGAAGCCUAGGAGACAUGAUGCUACUAUUACUAAGAAGCCUGAACCUCAUGCUCUUUCGGAUGCUACGACUAGCCAUAGAAAUAGUAGCCAUCAGAACCUCAGUAGUGACAGUGAUAAUAAGGAUAUAGAAAGUGUCAGCAGUUCACUUAUAGGGACUAGUUUAUCCACUUCAUCGAAUGAGCCUCCUAGUGUUUCGACGCCAUCGGACCUCGUCACGAAGGUUAAGUUGAUUGAAGAUGCACAAGGUUGUGCAACUGUAACUGUUCCUAUUACGGUUGACUGUCAGUCGAGUGAUGAUGAGAAGAAAGUGCUUGAUGGUAACAGCCAGUCUACAGUGCUGUGUGAUGACGAUGCUAUUGUUGAGCAUAUGUCUUGUGCCGCGGAAACGGAUGCUAAUGCAGAACGGAAUCAUUUAGACGUUGAUAAUAAACUGGAUGUCACUGAUGUGACAAAUGAGUUACCGACGAUGAUGAAUACUGUUCAAACCUCCUCUGCAUCAGGAGAUGGAAGGAUAAAUAUUGAUCCUACGUCAUGCUACUUAAGGUCUUCUGGAGACGAUGAAAUGUCAAAAUUGGAGAUCCCACCCUUGCAUAUUAUUUAUGGGUCAAAAACUUCUGUUGAUAAGUUAGCAUCACGGACUUCAUGGUAUCUGCUGAUCAGAGCAAGUGGUGGUGGAUUGGCGACUCGUCCCCACGAUAGAGAAUGUAGUCCUUGGAUAGGAUAUGACCAGUUUUGCGACGCGUUGUUCAUGUUCGUAUGGGUUAAUUGGGUAAGGUUUAUACUACCGUUAGGUCAUUCCACGAUAGAUAGGGGAAUCAAGGGCCUGAUGGGAAAGUAUAGGUACCUAGUUAACACGAUAGGUCAUAUCCAUGUUGGAUGGCGGGUAGGCGUACUGCUGUAAGUCCUACACGUUAUUCCGGUGUGGAUUAGGGGAUAACAUGGGAACCCUAAAUAAGGUGUCAUUAACGCUUGCUGUUUUUGCAUGGAGGGAUUUUGCGGGCCGGUGUAGAAUUCUUUUUGAAUGUUUUGUGUUUUGGAAAAUCCCUCCAUGUUUACAUAUUUUUGCUAUGACAUGAUGGACUUUUUCUCUUGACAUUUUUGGUAUUUUAUUUGAUUCCAAUUUGAGAUUUUACCAUUGUAUGUUGUUAUUCUUUCCAUAUUUUGUACUUAUAUUGAAGUUUUUGUGUUUGCCUUUGAACUGUACAUAUAUUGUUUAAAUUUGAUAUAAUAUGGCUACCGCCACAUUUUUGGAUAGACGCGGUGGCUGCUGGACUUAGUGUCACUUACUAGCUAUUGUAAUAGAUACUCUACGGAGUAAUUUAGUCCUGGAAGAAACAAAAAUACCAGACGUUUUCUCCUAGAAAUUUUGACCUUUUGAUUUGGCUGGGACCUGGAUCUAGGAGUAACGUACAGGAGUGUUUCUAUUGGACGCGAUUAGGACAGCCGCCGGCGAAAUAGAUUCUACAGUCUGGUAUUUGCUCUUCUUGCGUGAAUUAUACUUGGAAAUAUUUACCAGAACGCAUAUAAUUUGGAUCUAUUUGGAUUAUUAAGAAUUACAAGGAAACAUUUGGAAUUUUAAUCGUUUAUCAUACUAGACUUCCUUGGGGGAAGAAGUUGGAACUACUUAUCAUUAAUUUUGAACUGAAUUUUGGAUUUACUCUAUUUUGUAUUCGUUACCGUCUUUAUUGAACUUUAUUUAUGAUGUCAAACCGAAAAAAAUCACACGUGAGGACGGUGGAAGAGCUCGACGGAUCACAGGGCUCUAGGCAAGUCGUUAGUGAUAACCUUUUUAUGGGUAACCCACAUGUUAUGUCUGAUAUUUAUUAUUGUAAGUCAUCGAUAGAGGGUUUAGAAUUACCUAAGGUUGAACUUUCAUAUUUUGAUGGAAGGUCUCGCGACUAUUUUAAGUUCAUACGACAGAUAGAGACGUUUAUAGAACCUCGAAUCAAGGAUGAUCAAGUGCGUUUAUUGUAUUUAAUUCAUUAUUGUAAGGGAAAAGCAAAAAAUGCGAUUGAAGGCUGUAUUAUUAUGGAUCCACAAUCAGGAUAUAAGAGAGCUAAGGCCAUUCUAAAACAGCUCUUUGGACAGACGCAUGUAAUAGCGCGAGAAACCUUAGAGGACUUAUUUAGAACUGGGAAUGUAGAAUUUAAUGAUCCUGAAUCAUUGACGAACUUGGCCAUUAAAAUGCAGAAUGCUUCUUUAACUUUAGAACAGUUAAAUUGUACAGCUGAACUUAACUCUAUGGCUACUUUAGAACGAAUAGUAAGGCUCUUACCUCGUCGAAUGCAAGCCCAGUGGGCAGAGCUAGUAUUCAAGUGGGACGAAGAGGAGAGAGAGCCCAAUUUUAACGAAUUGACGGAAUUUAUUAUGUCUCGUGCUAAGAUAGCUAGUAGUAGGUUUGGAAGAUUAGCUUAUCAGGCUAAAACAGGAAAUAAUACGGAAGCUACUAGUGGUCUGCGUGCGAGACAUUCGGAUUCUUCGUUUCUACCUAAAGCACGCUCGGAAGAUAAGAGAUUUGUCAAUUAUAUCACGAAAGCAUACGCUGAUGAAGGACGAGUAUGUGACCGUAACGAUGUAAAGCCUCUUGAUGCGUGUCCUAGCAAGAAGCCGGUUGGUGUAACAGAUAAGAUGGCUUUUCUAAGUGUAGAAAAGAAAGAAAAAGGUGAAAAGUGUAGGCAUCAAGAUGGAUCCGAAGUGUGUGAUGAUAAAAGCCUCUUAGCUGCUCGAAAAGCCUGGAACGGUAAUUUGGAUUCGAGUAAUCAGAGGUUAGUGAGUUCAGCAAAUAUGAAUAAAGCCCAGGCAGGAUUGACUGAACGGAAUAAAGCUUAUUUUCGGAACCCUUCAGUUAGGGUAAAUUAUAUAACUGGACCUAGAGUAGAUUCUAGGAUAAGUGAUGGUGGUACAGUAACGGCUAAGAAGCCUAGGAGACAUGAUGCUACUAUUACUAAGAAGCCUGAACCUCAUGCUCUUUCGGAUGCUACGACUAGCCAUAGAAAUAGUAGCCAUCAGAACCUCAGUAGUGACAGUGAUAAUAAGGAUAUAGAAAGUGUCAGCAGUUCACUU